AUGCAGCUUCGCCAUAUUGCCUUGCUAGAACUAGGGCCUCACCUGGAGCAGCUUUUACAACGAUGGAUGACGAUCCAUGGAUCCUCCGUUUCUCCUGGUGUUGAGAAGGCACUGCGAUUGAUAAUGAAAGCUCACGAGUUCUUUGAGAGCAAAAGUGCAGACUUUGCUCCUCCUCAGGAGGAAGAACAACAUCUCUCCCCAGAAUCCAUUCGAAUGAACAAGGGCUGA